UACGCCUUUCAAUGAACAGAAUCUACACUCUUCUGAGGCCUACACAGUAGGACGUCAAGACUGCCUGAGACCUUCUCAGGGAUUCCGGAAAGUGCAAACCAGAGUGAAAACAUGUAGGCCAGAGCUCGUGCCGGUAGACACCCCCGCACCCACCCUUGCAUUCUGGGACAUGUAGUCCAGAGCUCGUAAACUCGUGUAGUCCCAUAUACUGCAGCUACAGUAACGCCUCGCUGUAAAGGUUUACCCGCGGAAUUCUGGGAAAUGUGGUCCAGGAGUUCCGGGUUAGUCGCAGGCACUUCCGCCCCAGGAGGACACGUAGCAGCCAUGUUUUGCUUGAUGACGGUGUUUCAGCCCUGGCUUCUCCAAAAGCACUGCACGGAGGAAGAGGCAACAGAGCCCCACGACUCUGCACUGCCCCAGAAGGAGAGAGAAAAUGAGCACAUUCCAGGAGGCGGUGACCUUCAAGGACGUGGCCGUGGCCUUCACAGAGGAGGAGCUGGGGCUGCUGGACUCGGCCCAGAGGAAGCUGUACCAGGAUGUGAUGGUGGAAAACUUCCGGAACCUGGUCUCAGUGGCCCUGGCUUCUCCAAAAGCACUGCACGGAGGAAGAGGCAACAGAGCCCCACGACUCUGCACUGCCCCAGAAGGAGAGAGAAAAUGAGCACAUUCCAGGAGGCGGUGACCUUCAAGGACGUGGCCGUGGCCUUCACAGAGGAGGAGCUGGGGCUGCUGGACUCGGCCCAGAGGAAGCUGUACCAGGAUGUGAUGGUGGAAAACUUCCGGAACCUGGUCUCAGUGGGUGAGGACAGCUUCAAACGAGAUACAAAACAUAUAGAAAGAGAAGAGAGGCUUUGGUUGAUGAAUUCAGCAACCCAGAUAGAAAUUUAGGUGAGAACCAAGCAGUCUGAGUUGAGGGCCGUUCAAGACAGAGGAUCACGUGAAGAGCUUUCCUUCUGGCAAAUCUGGCAACAAAUUGCAAAUGACUUAACCAGAUGCCAAGACUCCAUGAUAAAUAGUUGUCAGUUCCGCAAACAAGGUGAUUCCCCCUGCCAGAUUGGGGCAGGACUCUCUAUGAUUCACACAGGACAAAAACCUUACCAGUGUAAUGAAUGUAAAGAAACCUUCACCGAUCUCUCCACCUUUGAUCUUCACCAGCAAUUACACUCAAAAGAGAAGUCUCAGUGCAGUGAGUGUGGAAAAGGCUUCCAUUACAGCUCGGUUCUUCAUAUUCAUCAGAGAGUUCACGUGGGAGGAAAACACAGUGAGUGUGAUGAGUGUGGCAAGGAGUUCAGUCAGAGCUCACAGCUGCAGACUCCUCAGAAAGUCCACACUGUAGAGAAACCAUUCAAAUGUGGGGAAUGUGGGAAAGGCUUCAGUCGUAGGUCAGCACUUACUAUUCAUUGUAAAGUCCACACGGGAGAGAAACCUUAUAAUUGUGAGGAGUGUGGGAGGGCCUUCAGUCAGGCCUCUCACCUUCAGGACCAUCAGAGAGUCCACACUGGGGAGAAACCAUUCAAAUGUGACACAUGUGAUAAGAGCUUCAGUCGGAAUUCACACCUUCAGUCCCAUCAGAGAGUCCAUACGGGAGAGAAACCGUACAAAUGUGAGGAGUGUGGGAAGGGCUUCAUUUGUAUCUCAAAUCUAUACAUUCAUCAGAGGGUCCACACAGGAGAAAAACCCUACAAAUGUGAGGAAUGUGGGAAAGGCUUUAGUCGGCCUUCAAGUCUUCAGGCCCAUCAGGGAGUCCACACUGGAGAGAAAUCAUACAUAUGUAAUGUGUGUGGUAAAGGCUUUACUCUGAGUUCAAACCUUCAGGCACAUCAAAGAGUCCAUACAGGAGAGAAACCAUACAAAUGUAAUGAGUGUGGGAAGAGCUUCAGGAGGAACUCCCAUUAUCAAGUUCAUCUGGUUGUCCACACAGGGGAGAAGCCUUAUAAAUGUGAGGUAUGUGGGAAGGGCUUCAGUCAGAGUUCAUAUCUUCAAAUCCAUCAGAAGGCCCACAGUGUAGAGAAACCUUACAAGUGUGAGGAGUGUGGGCAGGGCUUCAGUCAGAGUUCACGACUUCAGAUCCACCAGCUGAUCCAUACCGGUGAGAAACCAUACAAAUGUGAAGAGUGUGGGAAGGGAUUCAGUCGUAGAGCAGAUCUUAAAAUUCAUUGCAGAAUCCACACCGGAGAGAAACCGUAUAAUUGUGAGGAGUGUGGGAAAGUCUUCAGGCAGGCCUCAAAUCUUCUGGCCCAUGAGAGAGUCCACAGCAGAGAAAAACCAUUCAAACGUGAAGAGUGUGGGAAGAGCUUUGGUCGGAGUUCACACCUUCAAGCCCAUCAAAAAGUCCACACUGGAGAAAAGCCAUACAAAUGUGAGGAGUGUGGGAGGGGCUUCAAGUGGAGCCUGAACCUCGACAUGCAUCAGAGGGUCCACACAGGAGAGAAACCAUAUAAGUGUGGGGAGUAUGGGAAGCACUUCAUUCAGGCCUCAAGUCUUCAGUGGAGAGAAGCCUCUCAUCAAAGAGUGCACACAGGGGAGAAGCCUUACAAGUGUGAGACCUGUGGUAAGAGCUUCAACAGGAGCCUGAUCCUCGACAUGCAUCGCAAGGUCCCCACAGGAGAGAAACCAUAUAAGUGUGGGGAGUGUAGGAAGCACUUCAGUCAGGCCUCAAGUCUUCAGCUUCAUCAGAGCAUCCACACUGGAGAGAAGCCAUACAGAUGUGAUGUGUGUGGUAAAGUCUUUAGUCGGUCUUCACAGCUGCAGUAUCACAGGCGAGUUCAUACAGGGGAGAAACCUUACCAGUGUGAGACGUGUGGUAAAAGCUUCAGUUGGCGCUCCAAUCUUAUAAGUCAUCACAAAAUGUAUACUGGGGAUACAUUUUAUGAAAGCAGCGAUAGUGGUAAGAACAUCAAGGAACUGUCAGAGGAUAGAAGUUCUACAAAAUGAUGUUUUCAAAAAACUCACGUGCAACGUGAAUUCUUGCAAGCGUCAGGUCUCAUCGGAGAGAAAGUAUUUUAAAUUAGUUGGUGUUGAAGCAGUAGCUAAGCAGAUUCUAGUGUUCAGCAGAGCACACAGCAGAGAUCCCUUCUGAGUGGUGCAGUAAGGGCUGCAUUCCGAACUUUGACAUUUAUCAGAUGUCACUUAGGAGAUAGCACUUAGAAAGGAAAAGAGUUUGGUCUGGGCUUUAACAAAAGUGUAAGGAUGAGCUAGUCAAAAUUGAUGUCCAUGAGAAUGUGCGCUCCAUGAGGGCAGGGACUUGGCUGCUGAAUCUACACAACCUUAUCAUUGACUAGUGCUUUUAGGUGUGCUCAGUACUUGUGUUUUAAAUAAACCAAA